AUGACGCGGAGAGGGACGCGCGAGCCGCUCGAACCCGGAGCCGAAAGCCCGCAGCCGCCACGCUACGGCCGGCUCCUCCCGGCGCGCCGGCGCCCACUUCCGGUGGGGGGAGCUCGCGUCCGUUACUCGGGCCCGGGCCUGGCGGGUGCGGGGCGCAUGCGCGGCCGGAAAUUAAAAGCUGUCUGGAGGCAAUUUCCUCUGCGGACAAGGGACCAGCCUACUCUUGUGGAGUCCUGUCGAGGAGAAUCCACCCAGCGGUGUGCAGGUGUUAUUCUUGUCGAUAGGCCGGCCAGAUUUCUCUCCACAUUCAGCUCCGGAGAGCAGCCACGCUCUCCUCCGGGGCCUCUCCUGGCUCCGCCUUCGCCUUUCUCCCAAAAUCUCUCCUCCCUCGAGGCAGAAGGGAUUCCCGGCGCCAGCUGCCACCUCGAGCCCCGCGGAGCAGCGGACUCCUCCCCUGGAAACUCCUCCGGGGCUGGGGGAGCUUCGGCGCAUGCUCCGUACCUUGGGCAGGUUUUUGCUGCGGGUAGCAGGGCUCCUGUCACUCCGGCUGGCGGGUUGUGGCGGUGCCAGCCAGGGUGUGCGAGUGUGUCUGCGCGCCCGCGCCCGGGCGGACCGACCCGGAGCAGCGGUACUACUCUCCCGGAGGGGCGGCUCUGCACGGGCGGGCGCCUCGCCGGCAGCCGCGGAGGGGGCUCCUCUGCAAACUUGCGGCGGUCGCCGUCCGCCCUCGCGGCUCCCGCGCCUCGCGAUCGGAGGGCAGAGGCUCCCGCGCGCGUGCAGAGCGCGGUGCCCGCGGCCGGCCGCGGCGGCGGGGCCCGGCCGCGCCUUCGCCCUUGGCCCGCGCCCUGGCGAGCCUCAUGCAGCCCCCGCGCUCGCGGCCGCCGCUGCCCGGCUGCCCGGCUGCCCGGGGCAGGUCCAGGACCGGAGCCGCUCUACCCAGCGCCUGAGCGCCCGAGCGCCCGAGUGCCCGAGCGCGGGCGGCGGGAUGCCCCGAGUCGCCUGAGAGCGCGCCCCGCGCCCCGGCGGGAGCAAGAAGCGGGCCGAGCCGGGCGCUCCCGGGAGCGCAGGGCGCCCCACGCCGCCGCCGCCGCCGCCGCCGCCGCAGCACUCGCCGGCGCCCGCCUACCCGCUCGGUCCGAAGGCCCGGCUCCGUCCGUCUCGAGUGCCGGAGUGCCGCGGGGCCGCCCGCCAGCCGCUCGCCUCGGCGUCGGGGGCAUGGAGGAGGAGAGGCGGGCUCGGAGCCGCGCCCCUGAGUCCCCGAAACUUCCGAGCGGACGCCGGUCCGCGCCGCUGCCGCCGCCGCUGUGCCUGCCGGCCUGA